CUCUGAUAUCAGGAAUAACUCAACGUCGAGGAAGGGCGCCUGUUUAAUUGUUACUACAGAGCCGAGUCACCAAGAUAUGGCGAACAAAAUGUCCACGCGCGUGCUGGAGUCGCGGUUCGAGCACAUGACUGUUCAAGACGAGAACGAUGUCGGCGAAAGUUCGAAGCUCUAUACCAAGGCCAAGGUGACAACGGCAUCAAGCACUAACCGGCCAAACCUUUACAAAGUAGCACUUCAGUCGCAAAGUAAUAAUGCUGUUGCAUCCGCUCUCCCUUCGCAAGCGGUCCCUAGGAAACCUAUGAAUCCCGCUUCACCACCACCGGUCAGAAAGCCUCUCCCUUCUACCACAUCGCGGGUGAAGGAGGAUAGAGAGAAAGAAAGGGAAAGUGAGAAAGAAAAGGAAAAGGUGAAAGUUACCGUUACCGAGAAGGAGAUCGAUGACACCAAGGUAGCUCUUACGGAGCAGCCGAGUAUGCCCAAGCAAUUCCAUCUGGGAAUGUUUGAGAUUGGGCGGCCACUGGGCAAGGGCAAGUUUGGUCGAGUAUAUCUUGCCAGAGAGCGGACUAGCGGAUUUAUUUGCGCGCUGAAGGUGCUGCACAAAAGUGAGCUGCAGGCCGGCGGCGGUGUCGAGAAGCAAGUUAGGCGAGAAAUCGAGAUCCAGAGCAACCUGCGACAUCCGAAUAUCUUACAGCUUUACGGCCAUUUCCACGACAGCAAACGGGUCUUCCUGAUUCUUGAGUUUGCUGGCAAGGGAGAGUUGUACAAGCACUUGCGGAAGGAGACCAAAUUCCCAGAGUGGAAAGCAGCUCAGUACGUCGCCCAGAUGGCCUCUGCACUACGAUAUCUUCACAGAAAGCACGUUAUCCACCGCGACAUCAAGCCUGAGAACAUUCUCGUCGGCAUUCAUGGAGAAAUCAAGAUUUCAGACUUUGGCUGGAGUGUGCAUGCCCCAAACAAUAGACGCAAAACCUUGUGCGGUACGCUCGACUAUCUCCCCCCGGAGAUGAUCAAGCCUGGGUCUUCGGACAAUUACUACAAUGAAAAGGUCGACUUGUGGAGUCUGGGUGUGUUGACAUACGAAUUUCUUGUCGGCGAAGCUCCUUUUGAGGAUACUCCCGUCAUGACGCAGCGAAGGAUUGCUCGUGCAGAUAUGCAAAUUCCCAAAUUUGUUAGCGCCGAAGCUGCUGAUCUUAUCAAAAGACUCUUGGUUCUUGACCCUGAGAAGAGAAUCCCCCUUGAUGAGGUACAGAACCACCCUUGGAUCAUCAAGCACUGCGUAAAGGGUGAAAGAGCUGCCAACCGUGAGAAGAGCUCUUGAUCUUCCAGGCAUACGAGAUAUGCAAUCUUUUGUCGCUUUUUUAACGACCUUAUUGUUCUUGGAGUUGAUUUUGUAAUUUUCGAAAUGGUAUGUUGUCUUGCAUAGAGAGGAGUCAAGGGCGUUUUCAU